UUCCUCUUUACUUACUUUCUUAUUUGUAUUAUAGUAUUAUUUAUGAAACUGCCCCAAGUGGAGUGGAAAUAGAGUUUUCAUAUAGCCGACCCCAACUAGUGUGAAAUUGAGGCGUAGUAACUGUUAGGGGUCGUUUGGUAGCUGGUUCGAGUUAUGCAGGUGUUAGUAAUACAUGGAUUAGUUAUGAGGGAAUCUAUGUAUUAUUUUAUGCAGAGUUUAGUUAUUCAUGUAUUAGUUAUUCUAAGCUCAGAGUUCCAUUAGUAUAAAUUAGUAGGUGGUAUUUUCCGAUUUGGUGUCUUUUGUGUUACUAUACUCAAAGUUACUAGACGUUUGUGUUAGAAAAGAUAGUUAAAUAGUGGUUGGUAUUUUCCUCUUUACUUGCUUUCUUAUUUGUAUUACUCCCUCCGGAUCAAAAAAAGAGUCCACUUCGCCUUUUUUUCUUGGAUCAAAAAAAGAGUCCACUUAGCAAAUCAAGAAAGAAUUAACCUUGUUUUUUCAUAUUUGCCCCUAUUAAGUGUUAAAUGAUCAAAUCCCAAUGCUUAUUUAAUUAGGGUUAGUUUAGUCAAAUAACCUAUUUUUGUUUAGUAAUUAGUAUUUUUUUAAGGGGUGUGCAAAUGACUAAGUGGACUCUUUUUUUGAUCCGGAGGGAGUAUUUUUUAUGAAAUAAAUAGCGACCCCAACUAGUAUGGAAUUUAGGCGUAGUAAAAGCUAUUGUAUUGUUGUUUCUACUAUCUUCUUGUUCCCAAACCAAAAGAUAUAAGGUUUGCUCUUGUUUAUUUGCCUUUAAUAAACUAGGUGUUCAUAGUUAGUAGGUGUUUGGCUAUAGAUUUCAGAUAUUUGUCACUUUAUUUGGAAUUUAUGAAGUUGGAGUUGUGUUUGGUUAUACUUUCUGCAAAGGAGAGAAGAGAGGACUUUAUUUGGAAUUUAUGAAGAUGGAGUUGGAAAAUAGGUUUUGAGUACUUUUCCAAUUUGAAAAUUUUAUAGCCAAACACUUGUUUUGAAAUACAGUGAAAAAAUAUUCCGGAAAAAAUUGAAUAAUUCUCAUGACUAGAGAGGUCUUUAGAUUAGUAUAAAUUAGUAGUAGUUGUUUAGGCCCCAAAAAUUGAGCAGAAAUGUUGGUUGUUGCUAAAAAUGCAUUGAAUAAUCAGCUGGCCAGCUGUUACAGAAUGUUUGGAAUCUGUGAAACUAUAUUCUCUUUGUGUGCACCUUUGUCUUGAUGUGGAAUUUGAGACCCUUUUAAGCUCCAAUACUAGUAGUCUUUAUUUGUGUAGGGGUACAUCAAAGAGCAUUUUCAAUAAUUUAAACACCUUGCAUUAGUCUUAGAACAACUAAAAAUUAUGUUUGGAACGAUUUCUGAAGAGAUUGAAGUAGCUGUGCCUGCUAGUGAAGCUUGGAAGGUUUAUGGCACGCUUCGACUGGCCAAUAUUGUAGUCAAAGAGCUCCCUCAUGUCGUACACGAGAUUGACGUAAUUGAAGGUGAUGGCGGUGUUGGGACAGUCCUCAAACUAACCUUUCCACCUGGCACUCCGCUGUUUACCUAUUCCAAGGAAAAGUUUACUGUUGUGGAUAAUGAGAAGCGGGUAAAAGUAGCUUUGGUUGUGGAAGGUGGGCUUCUUGAUCACGGAUUCACUUUCUCUCAGGUCCGUUUUGAUGUCAUAGAAAAGUAUGAAACAACAUGCAUCACCAAAGCCACGAUUGAGUAUGAGGUCAAGGAAGAAGCAGCUGCUAAUGUUUCGUUAGUUAGUAUUCAAACUUUUGUGACCAUAAUGGAAACUGUUGCUAAGUAUCUAACUCAGCAGAAAGAUGGUCAAUCAUCUGCCUGAUCUCUUUGUUUCUGUUAAGCCCGUGUGGGUGUUAAUUCAUGGAAUAGCUUAUAAGUUUGUAUUUGCGUAUUAAAAGGAAUAAAAUAAGAACCUCACAAUCGCUGAUUUUAUUAAAUAUGAGAUAACUAACAUCACAGGAUAGUAAUUAGCUGUCGAUUAUAAGGAAAAGAUGCAGGGGUUUCAUAUAGAGUUGGUCAAGGUUCUAGGAUGAGAUGGUUUCUACUGGGUGUCUCUGAUUGUUAUGCGGAGCUUCUUGUUCUGAGGGUCACAGAAAUUCGAAGUUAAUUGAUAAAUACUAACAAAGGUUGUCAAAAUAGUCAAUCAUAAAAUUAGAUCUGGACUUGAGAUUAAUGUUUCUUUCUCCAACUUAAUCAAUCACAUUGCGGAAAUUUAGAUUGAAGUUACGAGUGCUGACAAUUUUGUUAACACAUUUAAUUAACGGAACUAUGAUACCUGGUAUUUCGGCUAGUUGGUUUUCCAAGAUGGAGGUUUAUCAGAUCGGUCAUGACUCUCGUACAAUGUGUGCAACAGAAUUUCGUCUAAUAGGAAGAGAAAGCAGCUUCACAAUGAGAAGCAUACAUUAAUAUCGCAUAUGAUCUUCUGAAAACAAAGUUGAGAAAUCUGUGUGCACAAUUUUUGCCUGAUGUGAUCUAUUUCACAAAGAGAUGAAGAAACUCGAAGGAUAGGAUGAAGUAUCAUCAUGUGCUAAAUAAUUCACUAAUAUCUGAUGUUCAGCUGAAGAUCAAUAGGCAUUCUAUCUAGGGGUGGCAAAAUUAACUCAUGAAAACAUGACCCGUCCAACCCGCUCAAGUUUGGGCGGGUCAAUUUAUUAGCUCAACCCAUUUCAGCCCAUCUAAAAAUCGGGUUGAUAUGUAGCCCAACUUGACCAUAGAAACCUUGUCAAUAUAUUUUCAAAAGGACAUUCUUGUAUUUGAUAUGUUAUAGAUAGCCAUAAUAAAGGAAAAAAUAGUUAAAACUUAGUAAGAAUUGGGCAGGUUGGGUUAUGACCCGGUUUUUAGCUUAUGUCAGUCCAAUCCAUUUCAGCCCUAGUAACUUUUGGCUCGCCCAUUCAUUAACUCAGCCCAUUUUUAACUCGCCCAAUCCGCCCAUUUGACACCCCUAAUUUUAUCUGUGGAAGAACUUGACGUUUGAGUUAAGUUACAAACAAUACAUAUUAAAAUUGUUUUGCUUUCUGAUGAGUGAAUGCUUUUAUGCAUUCUAGUUUUCUAUAAUUUCAUCCAUUGGUCUCAAUUUUAUGCAUCUAAU